UUUGUAACAAAAAUGAUACCGCAACAAUUAAAAUCCCCCCCAUUCCAAGAAUAUUUGGUACUAUUAAUUGUAAACGUAAACACCCUUACCACCGGUCUUGGAGUCUCGUGGUCUGUGCCAACUCUCGUGACCUUACUGGAUGUGGCUCAUCAGGCGCUGGGUAUACUCAUCACGACAGAAGCCACGUUGCCGUCGGUGGCUUCUAUCGGCUUCCUUGGUGGAUUAGCUUAUUAUUACAUUUUACUGCUGAAUACAGCUGAAAGGAUAGGAAGCAAGCAGAGUUUAUUAAUGGCAGGGGUGAUAAGGAUAAUAUCGUAUUCGAUUCUUCUAUUGGCUAAGCAGCCAUGGAUGGUGAUGUUGGGGCGACUGUUGUGUGGAUUCUCAGAUGCGUUUGCAUUCCAUGUGUCCGGUGCUGAAGUUGCUAGUAAAGUAGUCCAUAAAGAGUUGGGCCUUAUGUUUGAAGUGUCUAUGACUGUGGCGAUAUCGACAGUCCUAAGCGUCGGUCCCUACGUGGACAACCGAUGUUUGAACCUCACGGCUCUGUCUACAGCCAUCGCAUCGUUUAUUCUCACAUACUACCUGCCCGAGAGAUCAUAUUAUUGUUCUUCACAAGGUUAA